UAGAGUCAAAGAAAGCACUGGAGCACGCUAGAAGAAGACAGGGAUGAAGCUUGCCUGGACUUCCGAGGGCCAUCUGCUGACCUUUUGAUCUUUACCUGCAAUUGUCUUAUCGUUCUCCUGGACCCUACCUACCUGGAGGAAAUGAGCCGAUGAAAUGUUUUGUUUCUCUCGUCCUGAAAACAGCAAGGAUCUUCAAGGAAGAAAGACCAGGCAUUUACAGCUAAAGUUCUUGUUGGGUGAAUUGCACAGUGGAACACCUGUUCGACAUGAUUUGUGGUGGAAACCAAGUCAAAGACAGUGAUGAAGAAGGAGGAGGAGGAGGAGGAGGAGGACUACCCUUUAGCAUCACUUAUUGUUGGAAUAAAGGAAAGGAGCACCCAGAUUUCUGUAGAAACGACAUUUCAAAUGGAGAGGUUCUUAUGGUGGUGACAGCUUGCAAACCCCGUGGGUCUCUUCCUCCUGUCGUCAUGAAUUCUUGGGAAGAGAAACUGAAAACUUUGGGAAUAGAGGUGACAGAAGACCAGUGGGAAACUUUGAUACAACGAGCUGUGCUGGAGCCAGAAAUGAGAACGUACCUAUCGUACAACUCCAGAGGAAUAAGAAUGGCCAUUGCUGCAAUUGUCUACGUGACUCUUUGGAUCAACCUUUAUUCCGUCCUGCAAAUUUUUUCGGUUGGACAGUCUUGGAAAGUCAGUGUUUUGGUCACUGUUGUUGCCUUGCUGGCUGCUGUGGCCAUCCUAGUCAUAAUUCAUCACUAUCAAAGAAAGAUGAAUGUGAAUACAGAUAUGAGGCUAAUGGCUGCCAACGAAGCCUUCAUGAAACUUGGAUUCAUGGUAGGGAUGACAAAUAUUCCGGACAAAAACUGUGCUGUCCCACAGUUGUGGUUUGUUCGUUUCGAUGUUGGACCCUGCCUUCAGUCUUUGACGGACUCUCUGGCCACACUGGAGAGAAGCCAGGAGUCGGCUCUGAAGCGCCAUCUGGAAGACGUCGGCAUUGUCGUCGAGACAGCUAUCCUGCCAACUUGGGAAAACCAACUGAAUGAUUCUUUGGAAGAAUCUUCACUGUUGCCAGAGACAAAGAAGAAGGGCGGCAGGAAUUUCAUGGCGCGCCGAGAAUUCCUCCGUCUCAUCCCGGACAGAACACCGGAGACAAUGGCCCAGCAGCUCUUGACGAUUUUCAGCAGCUACUACGUCAGGCUGUUAGUCAGUGGUCAGCUUCCAGAAGUCCAUGCGGGGCAGCACGAAACUAUUGGCCAGAAGCCUUGUCUCUGCCAGUUUGUAAAGACGAGACUGCUGGGGAAAGAAUUAUCUGGAUUCCGACAAAGGUGGACAUUCUGUUAGCAACCAAGGCUCUCAAUCAUCAUCAAAGACUGAAGAACCAGAAGUCGGAGGGAACGAAGAACGGUUUGCAUUGUUCUUCAUACAAAGGAACCAUGCCUAAAAAUAUGUUUUUUUUUUGGAAAUGUCUGUGCCUUGUUCUGAGGAGAGAGACUACAUUAUAUUUGGAUCAGGAUCUGCCUCUGAGUGAUAAAGAAGGUUUUUUUUGUCAUGUGAUAUAUUGUUUCGCUGGUCUCUGGAUUGGAUUUUCAUGCAUUGUUGGUUGCCCAGAGCCGUGACAAGGAGUUGGCAGCCGUAUCAAUGCUGGAAAGAAAAGGAAGGAAGGAAGGAAGGAUGGAAAGAAGAAGAAAGAAAGGAAAGAAAAGAAAAGAAAAAGGAAUGAUGGGAAAGAAAGAAAGAGAAAAAAGAAAGAAAGAAUAGAGAAAGAAAGAUGGAAGGAAGGAAAAGAAAGGAGGAAUGAUGGGAAAGAAAGAAAGAAAAAAGAAAGAAUAGAAAGGGAAAGGAGGAAGGAAAUAAAUAGGGAGAGAAGGAAGGAAAGAAAAAAGAAAGGAAUGAUGGGAAAGAAAGAAAAAGAAAAAAGAAAGAAUAGAGAAAGAAAGAAGGAAGGAGGGAAAAGAAAGGAGGAAUGAUGGGAAAGAAAGAAAGAGAAAAAAGAAUAGAAAGGGAAAGGAGGAAGGAAAUAAAUAAAUAGGGAGAGAAGGAAGGAAGGAAAGAAAAGGAAAAGGAAAAAGAAAGAAGGAAAAGAAAGUAGGAAUGAAGGGAAAAAAAGAAUAGAAAGAAUAGAAAGAAAAAGAAUAGAAAAAGAAGGAAGGAAGGAAAAGAAAGGAAUGAAGGGAAAGAAAGAAUCGAAAGAGGAAGGAGGAAGGAGGAAGGGAAAUAAAUAGGGAGAGAAGGAAAGAAAGAAAAGGAUAAAGUAGAAAAGAAAGAAAGGAAAAGAAAGGAAUGAAGGGAAAGAAAGGAAGGAAGAAAGAAAGAAAGAAAGAAAGAAAGAAAGAAAGAAAGAAAGAAAGAAAGAAAGAAAUCCCCCAGGAAUUAAGAAACAUGUUUUCUAGCUGGAUUCUGGAAACUCAAACUUAUGAACUGAACUUCAGAGCUGCUUCGGUGUCCCUUCCAGAGCUGGAACUUCUGAGCUCAACACCCCUGCCUUAAAGGACGCACGGAGUGAUUCAUGGUCAGUGAAUCAGCUUCUAGGAAAGAGAGUCUUCCUUGACUGUAUUCCCACUUGUCUCCCCUCAAUGUGCAAAAUCAUCCUUUCUCACUGUGCCCCACCAUGAUGAUAUCAUGCAAGCUCUGGGGAUGUACUCCUUUCUAUAUAAGGCAAUUUCUCAGUUUUUGCUCCCCCUUUUAACUACUUGUGAUAGAAGGAAUGGCAGAGCCAGGGUGGGAGGGGUAAAAAUGUACGACAGAGGGAGUCCUUUGCUUACAACCGUUCAUUUAAUGGCCGUUCGAAAUGACAACUGAAAAAAAAAGAACUUAUGGCCAUUUUUUCAUCCUUAUGACUGUUGCAGCAUCUCCAUGCUCAUGAGAUCAAAAUCCAGAUGCUUGGAGUUGGCUCGUAUUUAUGACACUUGCAAUGCUUUGUAUUACUUCCGAGCUGGCUUUCGACAAGCAAAGUCAACGAGGGAAGCUGGAUUCAUUUAAUGACUACCCAACUGGAGUGAUUGGCUUAACAACGGUGGCAACAAAGGUCAUAAAAUGGGACAAAGCUCACUUAACAGCUGUCUUGCUUAGCCACGGAAAUGUUCAGCUCACUUGUGGCCAUAAGUCAAGGACAAGGAAGGAAGGACCGCCUACUACCACCAAUAACCUCCCACCGGCCGGUACGCUCCCAUAGAGAGGGGCUCCUCCGGGUGCCGUCAGCCAAACAAUGCCGACUGGCGGCCCCCAGGGGGAGAGCCUUCUCUGUGGGGGCACCUACUAUCUGGAACGAGCUCCCCCCAGAGAUACGGAGGAUCCCGGAUCUGCGCACCUUCCGCCGCGCCUUAAAGACCUUACUAUUUCACCAGGCCGGCCUGGCCUAAUUUUCCCCCUCUUUUAUAAAAGAUUUUUAAAAUUUUAAACAUCUUUUAGUAUUUAUAUAUUCAAUUUUAAAUUGGUUUUAAAAGUUUGGGGUUUUAAAUUUGUCGGGGCCAAAAUUAUUUAAUUUGAUUUUAUUCUAUUUUUUAAAUUUUGUAUUGUAUGUGUUUUUAUUGUUUGGCUAUGCACCGCCCUGAGUCCUUCGGGAGUAGGGCGGUAUAGAAAUCUAAGAAAUGAAAUGAAAUGAAAUGAAAUGAAGGAAGAAUGGAGAGAGAGGAAGGAAAGAAGGAAGAGAGGAAGGAAGAGAGAGAAAGAGAAAGAGAAAGAGGAAGGAAGGAAGAGAAAGAAAGAGAAAUGAAAGAGAGAAAAACAAGGAAAGAGAGAGGAAGGAAGAGAAAGAAAGAAAUGAAAGAGAAAAAUAAGGAAGGAAGGAGAGAAGGAAGA